AUGGUUAUUAGUACUUCUGGUGCUGUAGUUAUUUCUACAAAAAAGAUUGUCAACAAUAGACUUAUGAACAGAAGGCAAAUGAUUGUUGAAAUCCUUCAUCCAUUGAAAGCAACAAUAUCAAAAAAAGAUUUACAAGAAAAACUUGCUGCUCUUUAUAAAACAACUCCUGAUGUUGUUGUACCAUACGGUAUCAAAUCUCAAAUUGGUGGAGGUAAAUCAUCAGGUUUUGCCAAAAUCUAUGAUUCCCUUGAUGACGCUAAGAGAUACGAACAUAAAUACAUGAUUGCUAGACUUACUGGAGUUAAGCUCGAAAAAUCCGGACGUAAACAACGUAAGGAACGUAAAAACAGACAAAAGAAAUUCAGAGGAACUGCUAAGGUAAAGGGAGCUGCUGCUAAGAAGUAA